GCGAUGGUGCAGUACGAGACGCGGCACUACACGCAGCGCCUGGACCACUUCAACUCGGCGCCCGCGAGCUACGCCACGUUCCAGCAGCGGUACCUCGUGAACGACACCUUCUGGCGCGGCCGGACGGCGCCCAUCCUCCUGUACGCCGGCAACGAGGGCGACGUGGAGCUCUUCGCGAACAACACGGGCUUCAUGUGGGAGGCGGCUCCGCGGUUCGGCGCCAUGCUCGUCUUCGUGGAGCACCGGUACUACGGGCGGUCAAUGCCGUUCGGGGGCCGGGAGGCGGCGUUCCGGGACGCCGGCACCAAGGGCUACCUCACCGUGACGCAGGCCCUCGCCGACUACGCUUCGUUCGUGCUCAGCCUCAAGGCGAACCUGAGCGCGCCGGCGGCGCCCGUGCUCGUGCUCGGCGGCUCCUACGGCGGGAUGCUCGCCGUGUGGAUGCGCCUCAAGUACCCGCACAUCGUCAUGGGCGCCGUCGCCUCGUCGGCGCCCAUCCUCAGCUUCUACGGCCUCGCCGACCCCUACGCAUUCUACGACCGCAUGACCGACGACUUCAAGAGCGAGAGCAAGCACUGCUACGAGGUGCUUCGUGACUCGUGGGCUGAGCUCGACAGUCUGCUCGCCACCAAAGAAGGCACGGCGCGGCUCAAGAGUGCAUUCAACAUGUGCAAUGGCAGCAGCGUGGAGGACAUCCCGUCGCUGCUGGAGAGCGCGGUGGUGUACGCGGCGAUGACGGACUACCCGACGCCGUCGGGGUUCCUGACGGCGCUGCCGGCGUACCCGGUCCGCGAGAUGUGCCGCGCCGUCGACCGCUCCGGCAACGACACUCUGUCCCGCGUCCGGGCCGCCAUGGGCGUCUACUACAACCACACGGGCGCCGCGGCGUGCUUCCGCGGCGAGGAGGAGGACGACCCCUACGGCAUGCUCGAGGGGUGGGACUGGCAGGCGUGCACGGAGAUGGUGCUCAUGACCUACGGCCUCAGCAACGACAGCAUCCUGCAGCCGCCGUGGCCCUUCAACCUCACCGACGUCGUCGCCAGCUGCCGCAACGCCACCGGGCUGCCGCCGCGCCCGUUCUGGCUCGAGACCGAGUUCGGCGGAUACGAUAUUGGGAAUGUGUUGAAGAGAUCCGCUAGCAACAUCCUCUUCUUCAACGGGCUGCGGGAUCCCUGGAGCACUGGAGGGGUCUUGAAGAGCAUUUCCGACACCAUCAUCGCGCUGGUCGAGCCCAAAGGCGCGCACCACGUGGAUCUGAGAUUCUCCAGCAAGGGCGACCCCGAGUGGCUGACGCGAGUGCGGGCCAAGGAGACGAGGAUCAUAGCGCGCUGGCUCAAGCAGUACUACAGCGACGAGGCCAUCUCGACCUGA